AUGCUCCCAAAACACCACCUCCUCCCCCUCCUGGGUCUAUCCCAUCACGCCCUCGCCCUUCCCAAACCCUCCGCCUCCACCACAAACAUCAUCUCCAGUGUAUCCUUGUCCGGCCCCCCCGCCGUCUCCCACCCAACCUCCCUCCCGCACACCCCCUACAGCGGCACGCCCACGACAACCGGUGCCUUGAGCGCGUCGUCGGUCCUUGGAUCCUCAGUUGCGCCGGGGGCUACUGAUUACCCGAGUGAUGGGGAGUUGCAUGAGGCUGAACCGGCGCCGUAUACUCCUGCGGGAGGCGUCGGGACGGGUGGCGAGGAGCCGGUCUAUAAUGCGAAGAGUGAUUUUGAUUUUGAAUCUUUGGCACUAGCAACAUACCAAGAAUACAUCGAAUUGGACCUUUUCCACGACGGCCUAGCCAAGUUUUCCGUCGAAGAUUUCGAAAAAGCAGGUCUAACCGCCGAAGACCGCUUCCUAAUUGAAUUCAUGGCGGACCAAGAAGUCGGCCAUGCAACAAUGCUAACCAACAUCCUUGGUCCCGACGCAGCCCCCAAACAAUGUACUUAUAACUACCCCUACACCACCGUCUGGGAGUUCCUCGAUUUCUCCCAAAAACUGACUCGAUUUGGUGAAUCUGGUGUUUAUGGGUUCCUGGGACAUUUGGAUUCGCGUGAGGCUGCUACGCUGCUUACACAGAGUAUCACCACCGAGGCAAGACAGCAGAUGGUGUUCAGGCAGUUUGAGGGGCUUUUCCCGAUGCCGGUUUGGUUUGAGGUUGGAAUUCCGCAGUCGUGGGCGUGGACACUCCUAGCACCAUACAUUUCCUCCUGUCCUGAGGGACAAACCCGUCUGGCGUGGCAGAACUUCCCUGCCCUGACGAUCGACAACCAACCAAACCCCAGCCGGAUCGAUGGUAGCAAGGCAUUCAAUGAGGUGUUGGAGCCGGGGAUGAAUACACUUCAACAAGUCACCGGCGACGAGUCUUGUCUUGGAUCUGAUACGCAGGGCGAAUCCUGCACCCCAGCAAUAACUCACAACCGCACAAACCCCCUCUCCUACCCCGGCCGCGAAGUCUAUCUCUCUUGGGACGUCCCCGGAAAGCCCGUCGGCCCCAACAACUCCUACGUGACCUCUUCUCAAGCUUCCGACCCCAAGUUUGUGGCGUGGGCUACACAGCUCAACGUUACUUAUUCGCCGUUGGAGAUGUUGAAUAAGACGAGCGGGAAGACCGUGCAGCCUGAUUUGAGUACGUAUGUGGGCGAUCCGGCGAUCAACGGGACUAUGUUUUUGGCUGUUGUUGAUGAGGAUUUGUACGUGACACCGUUUAAUUUUAGUGCUGUUAAUGAGCAUGUUGUGGCGGGGCCGGCUUUGUAUCAGUCUGGUUAG